AUGUAUUUUUUUUCAGCAUCUGUGAUUUUGGCUUCAAUGAAUGCAAGCGUGGAUCCUUGCGAAGAUUUUUAUGAAUAUGCUUGUGGAAACUGGAUUAAAGACCAUCCAAUACCUGAUGAUGCACCAUCAGUUUCAAAUUUCGAAAACUUGGGACAGGAUCUUGAGUUAGCUCUAAAAGGCUUACUGGAGCAAAAAAAUUUAGAAGGCUUAGAUGGUGAAGCUGUGCAAAAAGCACGAGCAUUUUAUCAGCAAUGUCUCAAUGAAAGUGCUAUUAUGAAAACAUGGAGGAAAACAUUUGAUGAGGCAGUAGAAAAUUUUGGUGGUUGGCCUAGUUUAAAUAAAAUCGGUAAAAAACCAGAAAUUCCGAUUGAAAAAAUGUAUGGUAUCAUGGUGGCAAAGUAUAGAAGUGAUUCGUUAUUUAAAGCAACCGUUCAACCUGACGAUAAAAAUUCUAUAAAGCACGUUUUAUUGAUUGACCAACCGGCUCUAAAUUUAUUCGCGCGUGAAUUCUACAUUUUACAAGAAACUCAAGAAGAGCGACUAGCUUAUAAAACACUCAUCAAAGAUGUAUUAGUGUUAUUGGAAGCUCAGAAUGACGUACUUGAUCGAGAUUCUGAUGAAAUUUUGCAAUUUGAAACAGAUCUAGCAAAUAUAACAAUGGCAGAUGAUUUGAGACACGAUAUAGCUGAAUUAUAUAGCAAAGUUACAAUUGGAGAAAUGAAAAAACAAUUUCCCAAUUUCGACUGGCUGUUAUUCUUCAAUGCAGUUUUUGACAGCAUUAAAUCUACUAGUAGCAAAGCAGUAGAAAUAAACGGUACAACACAAGUUGUCAUAUAUGGAUCGGAAUUUAUGAAAAAGUUUGAUCAUUUAUUACCUAAAUACGAUAAAAGGAUAAUCAUUAAUUAUCUCUCAUGGUGUUGGUUCUUCAAAUCAAUGUUACGUGAUUUACCUGAUCCAUUCGCGCUAACAAUGUUUAAAUUUUAUAAAACUCUUAAUUUGAUGCAGGUACCAAAAAUGCGGUGGCAUGGUUGCGUUACUCGAAUUAAUAGCUUGAUGCCAAUGGCAACAUCUAGUAUGUACAUAAGAAAUCAUUUUGAUAACGAAGCCAAAAAGCAAGUAGAAGAAAUGAUUGAUUUGAUAAUGAUGGCAUUCGUAGAAAUGUUGGAAACAGAAGAUUGGCUAACUGUAAAGACAAAAGCUUAUGCUAAAGAAAAGGUUGAUACCAUGAGCAAGAAGAUUGGCUAUCCAGACUAUCUAAACAAUUCUAAACUAGUAGACAACGAGUAUAAAAAUUAUGUCGUGUAUGAUGGCUAUUAUUACAAGACGAAAUUCCAAUUUUAUAAAAUGUAUCAGAAAGAUGUGCUGGAGCGAAUAACGGAGAAAGUUGAUCGCGAAAGAUGGGUCGCUGGAGCAGCGCUUGUAAACGCUUUUUAUAGUCCAAACACAAAUGAAAUAAUUAAUUUAGUAUUUCCGGCUGGAAUUCUCCAACCAGUUUUUUACCACAAGAAUUUCCCUCGCUCUAUGAAUUUUGGAGGCAUUGGAGUUGUAAUUGGCCAUGAAAUCACUCAUGGUUUUGAUGAUCGAGGACGACUGUAUGAUAAUUUGGGCAAUAUCCGCCAAUGGUGGGAUAAUGCGACAAUCGAAAAAUUCGAAAACAAAGCACAGUGCAUUGAAGAUCAGUACUCAGCGUUUGUACUAGAACAAAUUGGCAUGAAAAUUAAUGGCCGAAGUACAAAAGGUGAAAAUAUAGCUGAUAAUGGGGGAUUGAAACAGGCUUAUAAAGCUUAUAAGAAAUAUGAGCGUGAUAAUCCACAACACUCAUUAUUGCCGGGUAUCAAGCUGACUCACGAUCAGUUGUUCUUCUUAAAUUAUGCACAAAUUUGGUGUGGUAACAUGAAUGACAAAGAAGCAGUUAGGAAAUUGAGGACUUCUGAGCAUUCACCAGGACCUAUUAGAGUAAAAGGACCGUUAUCAAAUUCAGAAGAUUUUGCAAACGCAUACAAUUGUCCUCCUGGAAGUUCAAUGAAUCCAUUGCAUAAAUGUCGAGUUUGGUAA